UGUACUUUCAUUUAUUUAUUAAUUAUGACGUCGUUUACCUCCUAUUGCCAAAGUUUUCUUUUAUUAAGUUAUUUAUGAAUAGUACGCUGUAUAAUAGCCGCCCAUUUGGGAUUAUAAGUCCUCGUAAGCAAAUGGAGUAUUCAGAAAACUCAAUUGAUGUACGCUACGAACGUAAGUUACUCGUGUUUAUAAACUGGUUGGACUUUCUCGAUAAGCUUCCCGAUGCUGAAGUGUUUGUGAGUAUAAAAGUUGAUGAUAUCAUUGAAAGUCUUGAUUUGAGAAAGUUGAGAUCGGAAACUGAGAAGAGAACUGAUUUAGUUUUUAAUCUUUGGUCUAGUGACAAACCUCCAAAUUCAUUUUCUAACAGUUUUAAAGGAAUAGAAAUUUUCUUGGUGAGCAUGAAAGAUUUGGUUUUUAAAAAACUGGCCGACGGAUUUCUUUGUGCCCAAUUUUUAAUUAACGAUUCCCGUCGCCACAUGGUUUGUCUUCCUUUACUAAAAGGAAAAUCUUACCAAAAAUCCAAUCAUAAUUUCACAGAAGUUGAAAAGUUUGUUGGGGAUAGCCUUUGCGCCGUUUGCGGAAAUUUUGUUUUAAUAAAAAAUAAAUGCCGUGUAUGCUCGUGCGGCCUGUUCGUCCACGCAGAGUGCUUGAAAAAUAAAGCGAUAAAGUUGCCUUGCCGGACGAAUGUUGGGAAAGUGCUGCUCACGUACUGCUGCGUCGAAGAUUUUGUUGUUCCGCUGCCGAACUAUAAAAGUUUUAUAAAGUGCUGUUUGGAACAGAAGUACUUUGAUGCCAUUGUGGCCAUCGUGCACUCUUUAAAUACAGAUGAACGUUCAGAAGUUUUGCGAACUUAUUUGGAAGUUUUAGAAGCCUGCUCAUUGGAUAAUACUUCUUAUGCGGUUCAAUUUUUAAAACAAGUAACUUCGCAAGAAAUAAUUAACGCCUCAUCUCUUUCCACUUUGUUUCGAGGAAAUUCA